CAACGGUCGAUUAAACUGCGCAUUGUUUCAUAGAAUGUGCUAUCUGGGAACCCAAUCUUAGUGAAUUCUGUGGCUCUUUUCAGAUUUUCCCAUGCUCUGAGCUGCAUUUCACUGUUUUCGGAGUCGCUUAUGAGUGGAAACGUUCUUUACAAUUUUUUUCUUUGCGAGAGGAAAAGUGACAAAAAUUGAAAAGGGGAAAAUAUCAGCAAACACCGUCCAUCCACUUGGCCCGUUGAUCUAUCUGCUGUAGCACGUACCUGCUCGUUAAAAAGGAACAAACAAACAACCAACUGAGGAAGAAGAUAGAAAAAAAGGAAAGCAGAAGGAUGAAUCCAGUUCACGGGGCCUAUGGCGAAUUUUUCCUCGAAUAUUCCCUGAUGGCCGAAUACUGCAGCCAAAUUCAAUUGAAGGUUACAGAACUUAUCUGAGGAGUUCAGAUUUGUAUUUUGGGUCACAAGUUUCGUUCGGCCUUCUCUACCGAAAGAAUUGCCGACUCAGGUAAAUUUGUUCCGGCGGGAAUCAGUUGGGAUCUUAAUUUGAUUGGAACGAAGUGGCACAAUGUCAGCUGCAGCACAAACUAGCAAUCACUCACAUCUUUCAAGUGGACCCUCAUUUGACCACAUUGAGUUGGAAUGGCCUGUGAGCCGAAAGGACUAUGUGCUAGGGGACAUGAUUGGAUCUGGUGCUACGGCUGUGGUGUUCGAGGCCACGUGCACGCCUUUGGACAACAGAUCAUGUGCUAUAAAAAGAAUCAAUUUAGACCGCCAAAACGUCAACAUCACAGAACUGUCCAAUGAGAUCAAAUUAAUGAGCCUUUGCAAUCACAGAAACAUCGUUACAUACUAUACCUCUUUUGUACAUAAGCAUGAGCUAUGGGUGGUGAUGCGGUUACUCACUAAGGGAUCAGCUUUGGAUAUAAUCAAACAUUUUGAGAAGCUAGAACGAAAUUCGGAUCCAAAUGGAAAGAAAGAACCACCUCUUCCGGAGUAUUUUAUCAUCUACCUGUUACAUGAAGUGCUUCAAGGCUUGGACUAUUUGCACAAGCAAGGAAACAUUCACCGCGACGUGAAAGCGGGAAAUAUUUUAAUCGGCGACAAUGGUGAAGUUCAACUGGCCGAUUUUGGAGUGAGUGCUUGGAUAUCGGCGAGUAACAAAAGGUCGCAAGGAGGCGUUAGGCAUACGUUUGUUGGAACACCAUGCUGGAUGGCCCCGGAGAUCAUUGAGCAAGACAGUGCUGGGUACGAUUGGAAAGUAGAUAUCUGGUCUUUUGGAAUCACAGCCAUCGAACUGGCUACUGGAAAAGCGCCUUACGCCAAGUAUCCAGCCAUGAAAGUGAUGAUCAUGACUGUGCAAAACGACUCGCCAAGACUAGAGCAAUGCUGCCACGAAGCCAACGUAUCCUUCAGUAGCCUCAAAAAAUGCAAAUUAGAUCAUUUCAUAUCGGAGUGUCUUCAGAAAGACCCGCUGAAACGACCUACGGCCGCCAAGCUUCUGAAACACGAAAUUUUCAAGAAAUUUCAACAUUCUCAUAGUGCGUUUGAAAACGUUGUUGGAUUGACACAUAAUGGAAAAGAGACUAAAUUCAUUGACUUUGUUGAAAAGCUUCCCCAUUUUAAACACCGUGCCCAGAAGGUGAAAAGAGUGCCUGGAUCUACGGGAACAAUGCACAGGACAGAAGACGGAGGAUGGGAGUGGAGCGACGACGAGUUAGACACGGGGUCCUCGUUAAAUGCUGUCGACCAAUCACAUCGCGACAAUAACAAAUCCAGCCAAUCAGAUCGCAAGAAUAGACUGUUGCAAGCUGAUCAAUUUGCCUUGCCAUCAGGAUCUCUGCAGUCCUCAGGCGACGCUGACUACUCGGCCAAUACUUCCUCGCCUGAACCGUCUCAUCAAAACGGAAGUGACAGACAGACACUGAAUGCAUCAUCGACUAGCAUAGAACCAGAGAUAAGAACAGUUCAGCCGCGCAAGUUCGAGUUAUGUCUGCGAAUGCGAAAUGAAUCUAAUGAGUUGAAUGACAUCAAGUUUCCUUUCAAUUCAGCAGAAGAUAGCGCGGAUAGUGUAUCACAAGAGAUGGUGUCUGCUGGGCUGAUCAGUGGCUCAAACAAGAUACUCCUCGCACAUAAUAUAGUCAAGAUUAUCGAAGGUCGAGAGAGAAAAGUGCUGUUCAAGUUGAACUUGCCUGCUGACAGUCGGGAGGUGCCGAAUGCGGAUACCUUCUGUGGUUUUGCAAUGCUCACGUUGAUUGACUGAGAACCAGAUAAGCUAAAGAGAUGUGCAGAAAGUUUGAACUGACAAUUUAAAUCAUAGAGAACAGGUUGCUAUUUUCGUGCAAAAUAAUAAAAACAGCAAAUUGCCGCUUUGAGAUAAAUUGAUUAAAACAGCAACUCAACUUGCAAGUUUUCAGAAAACAAUAGAAAACAGCAACUCGCCAGUUUUUACAAAAUAGUUAGGAAGAGUAACCUACUCGUUUUGAUAAAAGUGACAGAAAAUUUAUUUAGAAAAUUGCAUGGAAAUUUGAAAUUAGUCUUUCUUGACACGAAUUCUGUCUGAAAUAUAGGACUUUUUUAGAACUAGUUUUGUCUGCUCGAACUUUCUGCAUCUACUCAUUAUAAAUGAGAUGACAUAAUUGUGAUAUGAUAGUUGUAGUAUUCAGAUCGGGAUUCAAUUAUAGCCGCAUACUAUUAAUCGCCAAGGUACUUGUUGAGGAAAUAUGUAGAUUCAGUGGCGUGCGCAGAAAUUUUUCUGGGGGGG